AUGGACCCACCGGAAAUCCGUAAACCUUCUGUAAGGAUCGUUACAAACGGUAGCAAUGCCCUCCCCAACAGAAACAACACUGGAACGGCCAAGCGAAAGAAAGUAAGAUUGCAACCGGGACACAGUGCGCUAGAUUGGAGCCACAAAGUGGUCACCGAUGGUGCUAAGGGGCUGCUUAUAACUGGGUUGGACACUUUGGUACAAGAUAGUGAGUUUCAAAGACUCAAUGCAGGGACCGUUAUGAACCAAGUGGCGCAUCGCAUCCCAACGUAUAAGAUCAGGCCGCUGAUGGCCAUAAAUUCCAAGAUUCUUAAAAAUCAUCAAGACUAUCUCUCAAAGCACGAUUUUUGGGCAGUCUACAAGGGCAAAGUGUACUGUUUGAGUUACUAUUUGGAUUUCCACCCUGGGGGCAUCGAGAUUAUUAUAGAUCAUGCCACGAGGGAUCCACCGGAUAUCCGUGGGGCAUUUGACAGAUAUCAUAGAUGGGUGAGCGCAGAGAAACUACUCGAGACUUGCCUCGUAGGUAAAUACGUGGAAGAUUAA